UGACUACCGCGCAACCGGAAAAACGACUCGCAUCAACAUGAACAAACACCUCGGCAGCUGUCAACACACACAUCUAUACAUCGCGAUAACAACUUGAAUAAAGUGCUUGAAUUAAUCUCGUGCAUCACUGUGAUCUAAGCGCAUUUCCUGCGGUGUGUGUGUGUGUGUGUGUGUGUGUGAUGCAGUGCGGUCGCGUGCGUUAUUUCUGUCCAUCUGACAGGCAGUGAAUGUAAAGAUCAUCAGUGUGUGUGAUAUAAGAUAGCGGCUCAUGCAUGAGACAGUGAUGAUGCAGUCUGUGCAUCAGGCCUCGUGCAGGAAUCAUUCGUGUCUGGAUUAUGUAUUUGGGUUAAAAGUCUAAUAGUGCAUGAGAGAGUUAGAAACAGUGUUAGAAACCGCAGCAUGGACACUCUCCUGGACUUUGAGGAUUGCAUCAGAGACUCUCCUGCAUUCAGGCAGUCCCUGGAUAAAUGCGAGAGUGAUGUUGCAGAACUGGAGAGUCGUGUGGAGAAAGUGAUGAAGUUGUGUGGUCAGAUGGUGGAUGCGGGUCAGAACUACACCUCCUGCAAUCAGCUGUUCCUCUCCGGUCUGGCCGAGUUCACCGCGUAUCAUAAGAACGACGGAGUUAUUCUGAACUGUCUGCGUCAGUUCAACCAAGGCCUUCAAGAAAUGAUCCAGUUUCAGACGAUGCUGUUUGAUCAGACUCAGAGAGCAAUUACCCAGCAGCUCUCAAACCUGCUUUCACAAUUUGUGCCGCAGAUUCGCGACACUCGGCGUGAGUUCGUCCGGAUCGGAGACGACCUCGACGCCACCGUUGGGAAGAACGCUCAGGUCAGCCGACACAAACCCGUGGACGCGGAGAGAGCGACUCACUUGCUGCUCGCCACACGCAAGUGCUACCAACACUUCGCCCUGGACUACUGCCUGCAGCUGAAUAAUUUCAAGGUCCAACAGAAGCUUGAUAUUCUGAAUUCGGUCUUCUCGUAUUUUCACGCUCAGUACACAUUUUUCCACCAGGGAUUCGACCUGCUGAGAGAUCUAGAACCGACCAUGAAGACGAUGGCCUCACAGCUCUCUCAGCUGUCGUCUGACUGCACUGCCAAGAGGAAAGACCUGGAAAACACACACCUGCUCGUUCAGCAAAGGGAUGCGUCUGGAGAGGCGGUUAUUGUGUGUAAUCCGUCUGACGGAGGAACGAUUCAAGGCUACCUGUUCAAACGUUCUCGCAAGAAGAACAAGACAUGGAAGAGGUGCUGGUUUUACACUGAAAAUAAUCAGUUAAUCUACUCAAAAUCACACAAGGAGCAGCCUCUUGUUCUGUUCGAUGAUCUGCGUCUGUGUGCAGUGAAAUCUCUGGAUGUGGUCGACCGCCGUUUCUGUUUUGAGCUUCUGUCAGUGCAGAAGUGUUGUGUGUUACAGGCCGAUUCUGAGGAGCUGAAGUUGGCGUGGAUUAAUGCCGUUCAGGGCUGUAUAGACAUUGCGUACCGCGAUCAAGUAACAGAUCAAAACACUCAGGUGAAGGAGAGCUCCGCCCCUGUGCCCGUCUUAGACCCGCCCCCUCCCCCCGCCGCUCUGGGCGUGGCUCUCCGUGGCAACGGUAACCAACGCUGCUGCGACUGUGGGGAGGCGGAGCCUCGCUGGGCCAGCGUGAACCUCGGCAUCACCAUGUGCAUCGAGUGCUCGGGCAUCCACAGGAGUCUUGGCGUUCAUCUGUCCAAAGUUCGAUCACUCACUCUUGAUUCCUGGGAGCCGGAACAGUUAAAGCUGCUAUGUGUUCUGGGUAAUGAAGUCAUUAAUGGCAUUUAUGAGCGUAACCCGAUAGAUGGACUACAGAAGCCCAGCGCAGGCAGUCCACGGCAGGAUAAAGAACAGUGGAUUCGGCUCAAGUAUGUGGAGAAAAGAUUCGUGUCGCGGGAUCCUGAUGGUCCUGAGGCUGCAUCAGCAAAGCCGCGUGCCGGAGAGAGGCUGUAUCAGGCGUCGCUGAACGGGCACCUCGUUGCCAUGGCGACGGCGCUGGCCGAGGGUGCGGAAGUGAACUGGAGUGAUCCUGAGCGGGAGGGCCGGACGGCUCUGAUUGGUUCAGCCAUCGGGGGCUCUCUGCUGGCGUGUGAGUUUCUGCUACAGAACGGCUCUAAUGUGAAUCACAGAGAUCAGCACGGUCAGGGCGCUCUUCACGCCGCCGCCACAUACGGACACACCGGACAGGUGUGUCUGCUGCUCAAGAGAGGAGCCAAUCAGUAUGCAGCUGACGAAAAGGGAAACGAUCCACUCAGUAUCGCCAUAGAAACCGCCCACGCUGACAUCGUCACUUUGUUGAGAAUGGCCCGAAUGAAUGAGGAAAUGAGGGAUUCAGAGGGAUUCUUCGGAUCUGUUGGAGACGAUGAAACAUUCCAGGAUAUUUUCCGUGAUUUCAGUAACAUGGCGUCACACGACCCCGAGAAACUCUCUCGCCGUCAGUUCGUCCGCAGCUGUGAGGACGAAGACGAGAAAAGCUAGUCAUGGGUCACGUGAGGUCAGAGGUCACGCUGAUGCACUAUGGGACAAGGGAACAAAACGCAAAUCUUAAUGUUACAACUCUUAAUGUGACUCUGAGUGUGUGUGUGAGCAUCAAUGUGACUGUUUUAAUGAGUGUGUUUCCGGUCCGACUCAUUUCAUCCACACAUAUGAACUGACUCGUGCUCUGUUGGUUUUACUGAAGGCUUUUGACACGUACGUUUGUGAACUAUUUUAUAUUGUGCUGCAGUGAAAUACGCAGGUUGUACUACACUGAACUUGCAGUAAAUACAGUGGUUGUUUAGGAUAAGUCAACAUGAAACCAAAAGUGACCUUACUUUCCCCUCUGGGUCUCUUCGGUCGGAAAAAAUACAGAAACAUUUUGCUUCAUCAGAUUUCGGUG